UCACUGGUUACAGACACAACAAACGAUCUGAACUUACUCUGCGUAGCUUCCGCUCUUAGCAUCUUUCUUAGCAUCUAGCAUUAUUUUUGACAUGCUAACAUCAUACGUCUAAUGUGAAGGUUAGAUUUUGUUAAAUUCAUGUUCUUGGAAAUAGGACGACAACGCGCAUGCGUACACCUCAAGCUCAGACAGUGGCAGUGGUUCAUCUUGGAGUAGACGAUCUUUGGUUGAGAGAAAUGGCGUCGGAUAACGGACUAGCCUCUCUGGGGGUGGAGGGGGCCUCGGCAGCUGCACAUGCUCUGUCUCUCCCUGCUGACGCUUACGGAAAUGAUCCCCGACUCGAGGUCAUGUGGGCGAUGAAGGCGUACAACCACGCCGAGGUUUACUUCAAUCUCAUUUCAUCUGUGGAUCCAAAGUUCCUGAAGCUGACGAAGCUGGACGACAAAAUCUACUCGUCUUUCAGAGAAAACUUCAAAGAGCUCGACAUAAAGCUGCUGAAAGAGGACGACCUGAAAUCUGCCGAGGCCAAAGAGAGGUGGCGUCCGUUCUGUAACCAGUUUGAAGGACUUGUCGAGGAUUUUAACUACGGCACUCUGCUCCGUCUGGACUGUGAGAAAGACUACACAGAGGAGAACACUAUAUUUGCCACAAGGGUUCAGUUCUUUGCUGUUGAAAUCGCCCGCAACAGAGAAGGUUACAACGAUGAGGUGUACAAGUCCAAAUGUGUGAAGAGCUAGUCUCCAAAGAAACCAGUAAGGAACCAGUCCAUCCCUACGCACCAUCAGCAGAGGAGUCCAGGGCAGGUGAACUGUGGAAGUCUCCUGAGGAUCCAUCUUUUUUAUCUAAACUUGACAAAUUGUGUUUGAGUUUGAUGAAAUUUUCCCUUAAUAUUUUUUUUUGGCUGAACUCUGAGCUCGGACUCAGACCUGGUCUCCUCCUCACCUCUGCAUUUUGUAUUUACUGUAAAGUUUUUCUUGUGCCAAUCAUCAGACCUUCUUGUUUAUUUUGAUAUAAAACUCAAGUUGCAUUUUUUUUGCCUGAAACCCGAGAAAACAAAUAAAGAGUCGUAUUUUA